AUGGUGAGUCUUGAACAGAUAUGGAAGAUGCAGAGGGCUGAGAGUCCGGCAGCCGUGUUGGCCAUUGGAACGGCCAACCCGCCCAAUGUCAUCGACCAGAGCACGUACCCCGACUUCUACUUCAAGGUCACCAACUCCGAGCACCUGACCGGCCUUAAGGAGAAGUUCACCAAAAUAUGUGGUAACUCUGGGAUAAAGAAGAGGCACAUGCAAUUGACAGAAGAGAUGUUGAAGGCAAACCCCAGCAUCUGUGACCAGGCGGCUCCCUCCCUAGACGCGCGCCAAGCCAUGCUGGUUAAAGAGGUGCCGCGCUUGGCGCAGGAGGCCGCGGUCAAGGCCAUCGCCGAGUGGGCGCGGCCCAGGUCAAACAUCACGCACCUCAUCUUUUGUACCAGCAGCGGCGGGGAGCUGCCUGGUGCGGACUACCAACUGACCAACCUCUUGGGCCUGAACCCGGCAGUCAAGCGCGUCAUGCUACCUCACCAGGGCUGUUUCGCCGGCAGCGCGGUCUUACGCAUAGCCAAGGACUUCGCCGAGAACAACAGGGGGGCAAGGGUGUUGGUCGUAUGCUGCGAGAUGGUUGCAGUUACGUUCCGCGGGCCCUGCGGGACGUACCCAGACGGCCUGGUUGGUUUAGCCCUUUUUGCCGAUGGAGCAGCUGCAGUCAUUGUUGGCGCGGACCCAGUCCCUAACAUGGAGAAGCCGAUUUUCGAGCUCGCUUGGACUGGUCAGACCAUUUUGCCCGACAGCGAAGGGGCUGUGGGAGGGCACCUAGGCGCGGCGGGCUUGACUUUCCAUCUCCAACAGAGUGUGCCGAGCCUCAUCUCGACUAACAUCGAGAAGGUUUUGGCAGAGGCCUUUGACCGACUCGGGGUCUCGGACUGGAACUCCAUAUUCUGGAUCAUGCACCCUGGCGGGCCUGCCGUCUUGAACCGAGUGGAGGAGAGGCUCAAGUUGAAAGCUGAGAAGCUACGGGCGUCUAGGCGCGUGCUAAGCGAGUACGGCAACAUGUCCAGUGCAACCGUGCUCUUUAUCAUGGACGAGGUGAGGAAGAGAUCGAUGGAGGAUGGCGCGGCCACAACCGGAGAAGGGCUCGAGUGGGGUGUGCUCCUUGGGUUCGGACCUGGCCUCACUGUUGACACUGUCGUCCUACACAGCUUGCCUGUAAGACCUUAA